AUGGAAGUCGUCAAGAUUGUUCCCACCGAGCGAGAGCUCAAGAACUUCGAGCUCAGCAAUCCCGACACGAUCACUCUUAUCCAACGAGCACAGGAGAGCGAUGCUGCUGAUCGACAACUCACCAUUCCUCAGGCGCUGAAAAAGUACAAGAAGGCUGUCUUCUGGAGUUGCUUCCUCUCAACCGCGCUGAUCAUGGAGGGAUAUGAUGUUGUUAUUAUCAACUCUUUCUUCGGCCAAACUCAAUUCAGGGAACGCUUCGGAACUUUCGACGCAGUGGCGGGCAAGAAGGUCAUCACUCCAGCGUGGCAAUCGGGCCUGUCAAACUCAGCUCUAGUGGGCCAAUUGGCUGGGCUCAUUCUCACCUCAUUUGCCCAAGACCGCUUUGGGUGUCGUCCGACAUAUCUUUUCUUCAUGGCGUGGAUGAAUUUUAUGAUCUUCAUCGCCGUGUUUGCUCCAUCUCUCUCGGUCUUGGCUUUUGGCGAAGCCAUGAGCGGCAUCUCAUGGGGUGUAUUUCAGACCUUGACGACUACAUAUGCGUGCGAAAUUGCGCCAACCGUGCUUCGACCCUUCCUUACUGCCUAUGUCUCCCUCUGCUGGGGCUGUGGUAUCCUUCUGUCGGCUGGUGUCCUCCGCGCAGUUGCUGGUAUCGAUGGUGACCUAGGAUGGCGAUUGCCGUUCUGUCUUCAAUGGUGCUGGCCUGUACCACUUUUUGUCGGAGUCUGGUUUGCCCCUGAAUCUCCGUGGAGUGCAGUAAGACGAAAUAAGCUUGAACUCGCCAAGAAGUCUCUUCUGCGCCUGCGAUCCAACAGUCCAAACAAGGAGCAAGAAGUUGAGGCUACACUUGCCUACAUCCGCCACACUACCGAGCUUGAGAAGGCAGACACAGAAGGAGCGAACCUGAUUGAAUGCUUCAAAGGCACGAAUCUUCGCCGGACCGAAAUUGUGAGUCUCUUCAAAAAUUUCAGCACCUCGCUUAAAGUUCUAGACGGGAACCCAUUGACCAGCUAUGCUGUCGUUUUCCUUGAAGCAGCGGGAUUCUCUGAGAUUCAGACAUUUGAUAUCAAUAUCUCCAUCUGUGCCUGCUUUGUGAUCGGCGUCCUCAUCUGCUAUCUCAUCUUCCCAUUUUUCGGAAGGAAAACUAUCUACAUGUCAGGUCUCACCUCAAUGUGCCUCAUUCUCAUAGUGAUUGGAGGACUCGGUUUCGCUAGUGGCCAUGAUGCGCAACUUGCCAUUGGCAUUCUUCUAGUCAUCUGCACGCUAGUCAACACAAUCUGUAUGGGACCGACGUGCUAUCCCAUCGUCGCUGAAACCCCAUCCGGUCGACUGAGAUACAAGACUAUUGCCGUUGGAAGAUUCGCAUACAACAUUAUCAGCAUCGUCCAGAACACCAUUACCCCACGCAUGCUAUCGGCUAGUGCGUGGAACUGGGGUGCCAAAUCAGGACUAUUCUGGGCAGGCACCAACCUUCUCUGCAACAUCUGGUGCUACUUCCGUCUCCCAGAAACCAAAGACCGCUCAUUUGGAGAGAUCGAUCUCCUCUUCGAGCACAAAGUACCAGCGAGAAAGUGGAAGGCGACUAAAGUCGAUCAAUUUGCUCAUGGUGCCAUCUACGAGGCCAAGGCCGAGGGAGCUACGACCUAUCACAUGGAUUAG